AUGGAUGUGGAUGACUGUUCAAUUGCCAUGCAACUUGGUCAAUAUAAUAAUAAUAAUAAUAAUAAUAACAAUAAUCAUAAUAAUGUCACUCCACCCAACAAUAUAAUUACAUCUUCUUCUGACACUGCCACAACCAUAUCUACUGUCAAUAGUAAUAAUAAUAAUCCCUCAACCACUGUAAUAUGCAAUAAUGAUGACCGUCCAUCAUCCUCGUUAAACAAUGAUUCCAAUUGUUUGCCAAAGGACAAUUCCACCACCACCACCACCACCAAUGCCAAUGGAAACAAUAUUGUUGUAAACUAUAAUAGUUGUAUUAAUAAUAAUCACGUUAAUAAUGGUCAUAAUCAUUAUGGUCAAAAUUACAAAAAAACAAAUUUAAACAACAACAACAUUAAUAAUAAUGGUAGAGCUUCACCUACCACAUCGCCAUUAUUAAUUAAUUAUCAUAAUAAUAAUAAUAAUCAUAACAAUCAUAACAAUUAUCAUCAUCAACAUAAUAAUAAUAAUAAUAACCUUUCACCAUCUCAACACCAUUUUAAUCAUCGACUGAGUCAUAGUCCAAACAUUAGCAACAAUAAUAAUAAUAAUAAUAUAUCUUUAUCACCAAAAUAUUUUAAUAACUAUAAUAAUAAUAAUAAUAACAACAAAAAUAUAUAUAAUAAUAAUAAUAAUAAUAAUAAUCAUAGAAACUAUAAUAAUAAUAAUAUUCCAAAUUCACCAAUUAUGAAUAGUCCAAGUUCAUUUUCAUUGAAUUCAUCUCCACGCACCAAUUCAAUUCCACCACCUUUACCAAUUUUAUCACCAUUGAUACCUCCACUUGGAGUUGAUUCAAGUACUUUAAUCCCCAAUACUUUAAAUAAUAAUAAUAAUAAUAAUAAUAGUAAUAUUGAUGCCAAAAAGAAAAAGCCAAAAACAAAAGCAAAAGGAGUUGGUUGCAAGAAUUUAGCAUUUGGAAUGCUUUCUCGUGAUCGUAUCACAUUGUUGUUAAAGAUUCUAAGAGAAAAGAAUCAAAUCUCAUCGAUUGACAAGUCCAUCACUAUUGUAUUGUCAAUCGAGGAAAUACUUGCACUCAUUUUGGAUGAACUGUCACAGAGAAAUAUAACUCUUUCGAAGUUUGGUAUUAGAUUGGUUGGAAGUACAGCAUCGAUGAUCAUUGCAAAUCCAAAGGAAAAAUCACAAGAAUUUAGUGAUAUCGAUUUGUCAUUUUAUAUUCUCAACAAGACAUCAUUUUCAGCGUUGUUGGACGUUGAAGAAACUGUUAUUGUCAGAGAGGUAUUAAGACAAACUGGCAAGAUCAUUUCUAAAAAAGAGGUAUUUGAUACCUUUUUUAGGGAGCGAGUAAAAGUUACAAAGAGAGAAGAGCCACCUCCAACUCCACCAUUGUCGACCACGGUUACUCCACCAUCUCCAUCUUCCUCUUCGUCGCCGUCACCAUCGACUACGGCUACUCCACCAUCACCCUCUACUUCCUUUUCAAAUAUUCCAUACGGACAAUAUGGUACUGGAGGUGAUGAUUGGUCACUUAUAUCGAUGGGACAUGAGAACUCUAGAAGUAUCGAUAUUAAAUUUGUAAAGAGAAUUCAUCGUCCAUAUGCCUUUUCGAUAGACUCUUUUCAAAUCAUCCUCGAUCCAAUUGUAGAAAAUUAUAAAGAUUUAUUGCCACAAGAUAGAUCUAUAGGUAUACCACUUCCUCUUUUACCAUCUCCACCACCACCAAGCAGCAAUGAAACGUUAACGUCUUUAUCAACUUCUUGUAAGAAUUCUGAAAAUAAUAAUGAUCACCAACCAUCUACAACAUCAUCAUCAUCAUCGUCUACGACAACCAUAUCACCAUCAUCGUCACCUUCUUUGGUCAAUGUCAUUGAUAAUGCCACAGCUGCCAAAAUAAUUGAAGAUGAAUCCAACUUUUUAUCAACUCCUUCAACCACUUCAUCCAACCAAUAUUUUUUAGAAUCACCCAUUACCUUUUCUCCCUCUACCAAUUCAGCAAUUACCAGCGGCCUAAGUAGUACUUCUUCAGAGGCAUUGUCAAUGGCAGGAACUAGUUAUACAACCAUUGCUUCUUCUGGCUCGGGUGCUUCAUCAUCGUCAUCGUCACCUCUAUCGUUUUCCAACUCUGCACUUUUCCAAUUUUCACCCAACCUCUUGGAUUCUUCUUCUUCUUCUCUGACCAACAACAUCCAACAACCGUCGUCCAUCUCCUCACCAAACCCAAUUGGAUUCCCACCAACAUUGUUACUUAUCAAUGAGAAUGAUACACCAUCAUCUAGUCCAUCACCACCUCCCUUGACAGAGACUGUUGAUCAUACUACCAACGGCAACAACAAGAAUAGAUCUAAUUACAACAACAACAACAACAACAAAAAGAAGGUUCCUAGAGAUGAAUUCCCUCCUUUAUUAACUCCAUUGAUUCCACCAAGUUCAACUUGUCAUCAAAAGGAAAGACCUCUUAUCAUUUCUCCAACACCUUCUAUUCCUUUACCUUUGAUUUUUAAUCCUCAAACUGUUAGCAGUGACACACCACAGCUGCAGAGUAGUAAUGGUGUUGAUGACAGCCCCAACAAACAAUCAUUGUCAUCUUCAUGGAAUCAUCCAAUCAUUGAAAAAUACAGCCCACCUCCACCAAGCAUCAUUUCAACUGUUGUUGAAGACUCUUCUUCUUCUUCUUUAACACAAAGUAAUCAUCUAAUCCCUUCACCACCAGCUCCUCUUCCUCUUCCACCUAGUUUCCAUCAUCCAUUGGUUCUAAGCAAGACAUCAUCACAACAUAAUCCACUCAAUCAAAAACCUUCAAAUAAUAAUAAUAAUAAUAAUUUAUCAAAGAAAACAAAUAAUAAUUCAAACCAAAAAGGACAAAGAGAUUUUUUGAUUCAAGUAUUUAGUAUUUAUGGAAAUUUCCACAAGGCAAAGACAGACUUGGAAAAUAAUUUGCUUGUUACCGUAGAACCAAAACAAAUCAGAAGAGGUAUCUUUAGGUACUGCCAUGAGUUGGCAAAGGGAAGAACAGCAUCAGACAAUAACGAUUUCAAUGAAAUAUUCAGGGAAACAUUCAUUACACAAGACAAGAUGAAACCACAAGAAUUUGAAAGAACUCUUAUCAAAUACAUUAAAAAGCAUAGAAAGGACGCAAAGACAUUUUUAAAACAUUUGGAAUCAAUCCUAAUUCAACCUUAUCAUCCAAAAAAUCCUACACCACCUUUAUCACCAGCGCCCACCAUCACUACCACCACUACAACAACAACAACAGAGGCAACUAUUAAACCAACUGAUAACGAUACUCAAUCAACAGAAAAACAAGAUGAACCAAAUCCAACCACCACUACCACCACCACUACACCAACAUCAGCUUCCCCAAGAUUAUUUGUUCCUGAUGCGACGCUCACAGAGACCUCUUAUGAUGCCUAUUACUUUGACUAUCUCAAUGUAAUAUCCUAUCUUCGAAACUAUUUGAUGACCGAUAAAUUUGAUACCUAUGCAGAAAAGAAAUCUUUUAAUACAAUGUUUAAAUACAUUUCAACGUUGUUGAUUAUAUCAACCUUUGCAUUGGUGGGAAGUUAUGCAUACUCUUCUAUACCAUCACAAUAUGUCAUCCCAAAUAUUUUCGAUGUAUAUCAAAGACAAUCAACAAAAUAUAAUUGUGGUGAUGCAUCCAUGCAUAUGGUAUUCAACUAUUGGGGAAAGAACAUCAGUCAAAGCGAACUUGAUGAUGUAGCAAGAACCAGUAAAUCAGAAGGUACUUCAUCAUAUGAUAUCGUUAGAGCCGGACAAUUCUCUGUUCUCUCCAAUUCAAUUGGAACAAGAAAGAAACACGCAGAAUCUGUCAAUGGAUUCACUGGAUAUCCACUAGGUAUGAAUGCUGCUGCAUAUAGUAGUGAUACUGAAUGGAGUGAACAAUUGAAAGCUUGCAUUGCCAACGAUAUCCCAGUGAUUGUGUUACAACAUUAUCUUCCAAAUGACUUGGGAGGUCACUUUAGAGUGGUUGUUGGAUACAAUGAUAAUAAUGAAACAUUUACAACACUUGACCCAUGGGGAAGAGAUAAUCAACCUCAUGUAUUUGUAAUGUCAUACAGCAACUUUACAUUCCUUUGGAAUUACACAGAGAAUGAUAGUCCACGUGGUACACCAUUCUAUGGUGCCAUCUAUUGGCCAAUCUAUUUGGAUGCCACCACAAUUAGCACAGGUAACCAAACAACUGUAUCUGCUAAAUUCCAAUAUGGUUUACCAAUUCCAGAAUUACAAGGUAUUAUGACUAUGCCACCAGUAUUGUCAUCACUUAUUAGUUUGGAAACUCCACAACCAACUAAAUUCAUGAAUAAUGGACAACAAGCAUACAGUAUGGGACCACAAAGUCAAGGACAAUCGGGAACGAUGCAAUGGGUUAUUGAGUGCCCAGAGAGAUGUACCGGUCAAUUCAAUGUAACAGCUGAAUUUAUCAUUACAGGCAACAUCCCAGAUACCUAUGACAAGAAUGGUAUUUAUUACGCUCCAUAUGAUUACAUGGAUGUCAUUGGUAAUACCGUUACAUUGAAUCUUGAUUAA